AUGACGUGGAAGUGGACCAGAGUUCACGACAGAGACGAUGGCGAUGUCCCUGUGGACGUCAAUGGCGCUGAAUUAGCGCUAAACGAAGCAGGAAAAGACAGCGAACAAUUGCUUGGUGACUGUAAGGAACCCAAUGCUUUGCACGACGGUGCUGUGGCCGCCCCACCGCCGUUUUUUAUGCAGAAAAAGCCGGUAGCUGCUUGGGCCGUCGGAAGUCUAGGCAUGUUGUUCCUUGUCGUCGUCAUCUCAGUCAUUAGGGGUGGGACUUUGCGCGCAGCAAUAGAUCCUCUAGCCACUUUUAACGGUGCGGCUGAUUGGAUUGAGCUGCUCCCACAUGACGUUGUGAGUCAUCUGGACACUCAAGUGGAUCCGUGCGACGAUCUGUACGCGUUUAGUUGCGGGUCGUGGCUUAAACAAGUUGAGAUCCCAGAUGACAAGUCGAGCGUGUCUCUGUCCUUUUCCACCGUGCACGAUGAGAACCAAAAGGUCCUACAAGAAGUGAUGCAACAGGGAUGGCCACUAGUCAGUGAGCUGUAUGACUCAUGCAUGAAUUUUAGCAACACGAGCAGCGCGACAGCAGAUGAAGCGUCAAUGGCUGUCUUGUCGCCAGCACUUGAGCAAAUUGCAGCUGUGACGAGCAAAAGCGAUUUGUUCCAGCUGGCUGGCAAGUUGUCAAAAGCAGGACCUGAGUUUUUGACGGGGCUCGGAGUGUCGGCAGAUGCUAGAGAGGCGACCGUGUAUGCGCUUUACGCAUUCCAGACGGGUCUUUCUCUGCCGGAUCCGCAGUACUACCUGGACCACGAAAAGUUUAUCACGAUUAGUGACGCAUUUCAUGCGUACGUCGUGGAGUUGUUUUCGCUGGUCGGCUCAGAGUCACACGAGGCAGCAUCGCAGGCUUCCUCAGUGCUUUUAUUUGAACAAACGAUCGCACCGUUGUUCGUACCGAAGGAAAAGCUGCAGGAUCCGGUGGCAAUGUACAAUCGUAUGAGUGUAGCUCAGGCCGCGGAGAAGUACCCGUUACUUUUUGCACAGUUCGUGAAUGGGAAGGGGAUGCUGGAGCACCUAGUUGCUCAAAACGCUAGUGUCAUUAUCGGAACGCCUUCGUUCUUUGAGCGUGUUGGGGAUCUCGUGACUGGAGAUUCUGUGACGCUCGACAAUCUGAAAGCCGUGCUUACGUACCAAUACAUCAGCGCCCAUGCAAGUAUCUUGAGUGAGCCUUUCGUCCAGGCGUCUUUCUCUUUCUUCGCGCAAACGCUCGGGGGCCAAAAGAGACGUGCUCCACGAUGGAAGGUGUGUGUUCAGCGUGUUGUAGGCAGUUUUCCUGAUCUGGCUGGCAAGUACUUUGCGCUUCUUCAAUUCGACAAGGCUAGUAAGCGACUAGCCGACCAGCUCGUGAAGCAGCUUCAGGCAUCGCUGCGUAAGAAUCUUGAGCAUGUGGAUUGGCUUGACGAACCCACUCGGCAGGGUGCUAUAGAAAAGUUGGGCAACAUGACCAACCUCGUCGGGUAUUCAAAUCGUUCCGGACAUUUUCAUUAUGAACUACACGGCGACGCACCGCUUGCCAAAAACAUGCAGAUGAUCUGGAAGCACUACUUUGAUCGAGAUGUGGCUCGGAUCGGUGAACUAGUAGACCGCAACGAAUGGGCUAUGACAGGCGCUGAUGUAAAUGCGUACUACAAGCCAACGGCAAACCACAUUGUUUUUCCUGCUGGAAUUCUCCAGCCACCAUUAUUCGCUCGCGAACAACACCCUGCACGCAAUUUUGGCGCGAUUGGUAGCGUCAUCGGACACGAACUUACACAUGGCUUUGAUGCCUCUGGAAGGCAGUUUGAUGGUGGCGGCGACUUGCGGGACUGGUGGAGCAAUGACACGGAAACUAAGUUCUUACAGCGGACUGAUUGUUUCGUGAGGCAAUACGAUGAGUUUGCGGUGACAAGUGGCUAUGAUCAGGACAAAGUGCUGGGUCACGUCAAUGGCAAUUUCACUCUCAGCGAGAACAUUGCGGACAACGGCGGUGUAAAGUUGUCCUUUCACGCAUAUGAAACCUACGUCGCCGAUACGGCCAAGGAGCUAAACGGGUUCAACGAAGAUGGAGCGACAACCGUUUCGCAGAGCCAGCCAGGGCCUGAUCUACCCACCGAUGUGGCUGACAAGCUUUUCUUCAUCUCAUUCGCCCAGGAGUUUUGCUCUAAGGUGAGUGACGCCAGCAUGAUUAAAAAAUUGGCUACAGAUCCGCACUCGCCCGACCAGUGGCGCAUUAAUGGAGUUGCAAGGAACUCGCACGAUUUCGCACGCGUGUUUUCGUGUCCUGCUGGCUCACCCAUGAACCCAACGAAGAAGUGUAAGCUUUGGUAG